AAAACAAUAUACAGACAACAAAAGUCAAUAAGGAAGGCUAAACCCAAAGCCUUUACCAUUGCCCCAUUGGGUACCAAAAACUCUUUCUUGCACUGCAAAGCCAACCCAGAAAACCCGAAUCCAAAUAUAUAUCCACAAGCAAAAUCUUGGGUCUUUUUAAAAUUUUUUAAUUUUCUUGAAAUAUCUGUUCAUCAUCACGCGCAAAGUCCACGUAUAGACUGUAUAAAAGUGAUUGGUUUACCAAAUUUUUUUGUUUGUUUCUUGUCUAUUAUUUGAAGAUUCUGAGGCUGGUGGAUCGGUUUUUGAGGAUUUUAAGGUUAGAUGUUGAUGAUUAGUAGAGGAGGAGGCUGAGGUGGGGCUGAAUUAUAUGGAUAAUCUGUGCUGUUUUGGUUCUCUUGCAGGAGGACGGGCAUCACAUGGGUCGGGCAAGGGACGAAGCCAUCACUCGACCGCCAAGUAUGGGUUCAGCUUGGUUAAGGGGAAAGCGAGCCAUCCGAUGGAGGAUUACCACGUUGCUAAGUUUGUUCAGAUGCAAAGACACGAAUUAGGGCUUUUCGCGAUUUAUGAUGGGCAUUUGGGAGAUACGGUCCCGGCUUAUUUACAAAAGCACUUACUUCCUAAUAUCUUGAAAGAGAAUGAGUUCUGGACGGAUCCAAACCGAGCAAUCUUGAAAGCGUACGAGAGAACGGAUCAGGCGAUUCUUUCGCACAACCCUGAUCUAGGACGAGGUGGUUCAACUGCGGUCACUGCAAUUCUAAUAGAUGGUCAGAAGCUGUGGGUAGCUAACGUCGGGGAUUCACGAGCCGUGCUUUCGAGACGGGGACAGGCCAUUCAGUUAUCGGUUGAUCACGAACCGAAUAAGGAGCGGGGUAGCAUUGAAAACAGGGGCGGUUUUGUCUCAAAUAUGCCAGGAGACGUUGCGAGAGUAAAUGGUCAACUUGCUGUUUCUCGUGCCUUUGGAGAUAAGAACUUGAAGUCGCACCUGCGAUCUGAUCCCGACGUUAGGAGUGCUGAAAUUGACAGGGAUACCGAGCUUCUCAUCCUUGCUAGCGACGGCCUCUGGAAGGUAAUGUCCAACCAAGAUGCAGUUGAUAUCGUGAAGAACAUCAAGGACCCGCAGAAGGCUGCCAAGCAAUUAGCAAUGGAAGCGUUGAACCUCGAAAGUAAAGACGAUAUCUCGUGCAUUGUUGUCAAGUUUUAGUGGUGAAGCCAUGAUAAUCGAUCCCCCCGUGUGGAGUAUAUAUUAAACGAGGACUAUUUUAGAAUGUUUCCGAGAAUCCUCGAGCACAGUAUGCUCGGGAAUACAUACAUUAUAUUAUAUGCAUAUUUCUCCACCCCCCUUUUUCUGUAAUAUUCAAAUUCUUUUUACUCAGGUUGUGUGGUGGUUGUUUAUUGAUUUGUUGGACUUGUAGAUUCACACACUAUACUUAGUUGUGUAAUUUGCCUUUUCUCAAUCUUUCAUAAUACUUAGGUUGUCUGUUUGUCUGUCUC